AGCUCAACCUUUGUAACUCGUACCCAAAGAUCAGAAGAGCACUUCCUUUCUCUUAUUUCAAGGUACAUCGUCUUCGUACGAAGCCUUUUUUGAUUCAUCAACAGUUAAUACCACCAUGGACGCUCAAAGACUGCUCGGGAUGUUGAACGGAGGGCCAUCCGCGGCCGCAACGUCGUCGACCUCGCCUUCGCCAGCUCAGCACUCGCCCCAAUUGUCGUCUCCUCCUGCGACUUUGCAGUCUCUUCUCUCCCAGUUACAGUCUCCUCAGCCUCCCAGUCCUCGGGAACCUCCUCCUCACAUGAUGUCGCCACCGAUCUCGGAUGCUGGGAACGCUGCCGAGCUCUUUAGGCGCGCGGGAAUGUUGCCCAACAUUCCGCCACCACCACCGUCUCAUCCGGGAGCUGUACCUGGACCCAACCACCAUCGAGUGCUUUCUCCCUCAGCUGGUAAUGCCCAGAGCCUCUUGGCUACUUUGAUGUCGGGCUCGAACCCUUCGUCAAAUAUGCCUUCUCCAUCUCCUGGACUACCGUUCGGUAUGAAGCAACCCGUCAUCGACCAUAACAUGCUACAAGGACCCCAGGCUAGCGAGAUUCCAUUACCGAUUUCCCCCGCACCUCCAGUAUACGCUUCUCAACCGACUCCCCCUCACCUCGGACGUGUCCCCACGAAUCAAUCCGAUCGAUCGGUUCAAGAAAAGCCUCAGAAACCACAGACGGAGUCUCAGCAAACGACACAGCUAUCGGAGUCGCACAAGGUCGAACAGGACAUUCCCAAAGAGGACGAGAAGCUCGCUUCCCCUCAGGUCGAGGGUACUGCUAGCAAGGCGACCGCUCCUACGGCUUCCAAGUUUCAUUUCAUCUCGCCCUUUGACGUGUUCGACAUGCCGGCUCCCACGCAGCCCGCUCAGCCGACUCCCAAAAAGGAACCGUCGGCGGUACCGUCCGUCAAGAGCCCGAUGUCAUCGAAAACUACCACUCCCAAGGUAUCCAAGCAGGUACCCAAGCAAGUGCCAUCCCCAAGCAAAAGCAAAGCAACCCCAGCGGUACCGGCCGCUUCUCAGUCGGCUGUUCCCACUCCGAGCCGAUCAGAACAGGUGGCACAACCUUCUCAACCUUCGAAAAAGGCCGAAGUGCCCCCCAUAUCCUACGCGGUGAAUGGCCAACCCGGUCGAUUGUCCACCGUCGUCCCGAUCGAGAGUGACCAUUACACCUUCGAUGUGUCCAACACGAAUCACAGUGGGGUCGGAGCUAUUGAUCAAAAGUACCAAGAGGAGAUUGCUACGGUCAAGACGAACGUGUUGACCGCCGGAAUCCAGAAGGGCGCCAAGAUCGCUGCGAGCAGGUCGUUCAUCUCCUAUGCUCUGAACAAGGGCAAGGUCAGGGUCAUCGACUAUACCACCGGAGUCAAUACGGCGAUCAUGUUGGAGACGGAAAACGGCACCCCUGCUAAAGUCGCUGAUAUUGCCAUUUGCGAAAAUUGGCUCGCCGCCUUGGGUGAAGAUAGGACAUUGGGUCUGUGGAGGCUCAGUACCAAACGAGGAGCCGAGAACUCUGUCUCUGCCGUCAAAACCUGGUCGACGACGCCGACUCAAGGGUCAAGUCAGCCGGUCGCAAAGUCUCUAAAAUGGCUUCGAGCGCGUGAAGGGGACAAGGACAGGUUGAUCGUGGUCACGGACACGGAAGCGUUCUUGAAAUCGCCCACGGCGAUGUCCAAGUCUUUCGGUCAGGGUACUCGGGAUUGGGCUGGUAUCGGCGAGAGUAUCGGCGCGCAGGCGAACGGAUCGCCUCUCAUCGAUGUAGCUGUUGCGCCCGAAGAGUCUGAAUACGCGUUGUUGCACCAAAACAACAAGGUCAUCGUCGGGUCUGUAACCGACAGCAGCGAGCGCGAGCUGCAGGUGCAAGCUCCGGCUGAAGGAGGAUCAUGGCGAUCGAUCGACCACACAGGUCACGCGUUGAUAUUGUGCUCGACUAGAAACGAAUACGCUCUAUUCCCUCUUGCGGGCAACGGCGAGUUGAGCCCCUCAAGCACGUUCUUCUUGCAGGAUCCAUCAAACGCAAAGGAAGUAUCUGCCGUCCGAUCGUCAACUGCUGUCUUUGAUGCGCCCCGAAACACCUACUGGGUAGCCAUUUGGGCUCGUGCAUCCUUACUUGCGAUCAAGAUUACCGGGACCGAUCGACAGGCUUUUGCUGCAUACGCUGAGAUCGCCAGUGGACCGACAAGCAACCUGGCUAUCGAUCAGAGCAGUCAGAUCGCUGAAGCUUCGAUCCUCUACCGUCGCCCGGCAGGCAUCUCAAUGCUUACCCUCCAUCCCUCUGUUGCGAAAGAGCUUGAGGAGGUCGCCGAUAUGCAUGCUUCGAGACGGCCUGUUACGGACGCGGAUAUCCUGACCAAGCAAGAAGAGGAGGUCGCUCCCGAAGUGGAAGAGGAACAGGUGCCCGAAGCGCCGGCACAAGAGGAGGUCGAGACUACGUCUGCUUCUCCUGACGCCAAGGAGGCCCCCGUUGCAAAGGAUGUGACAGUCAACUUGCCUAAACCAGUCGCGAGUCCCGUUCAAGCGAACCUGUCUAUGGCAUCGGCUCCUGCGGAGGUCGAUUACUCCAAGGUGGAGAGCAUCUUUACGGCGGCCAUCUCCAAAUCUUUAGAGAUUGAACUUCGCCAGGUAUUGACUCAGCAAGGCGAUAUUCAGACGGCGAUCGAAACCGCCUUCGCUAACCAGGAAGCGUCGAUCGACGGUGUACUGAGCCGAAUUGUGUCCGAAGGUAUUCAGCGAGAGCUGAGCGGAUUGCUACCCCGGAUAGUCAAGGAGGAGAUGGUCUCGGGCGUCUUGCCUCAGCUGCAGGAAAUUCUCCGGGAAGAGGUCGAGAAGCACGUCGGGGACAAACUUGCCAGUGCCAUUUUGUUCUCGGUUGAGACGACCGUCAUGAGCCAGGUUGAGAAAGCUCUGGUACCUCAUCUGGGUCGAACGUUUACAUCCAUCCUCUCACCAGCGGUGGACAAGAGCGUCCGAAGCCUUAUCGAUGAGAAGUUGCUGCCACAGUUCGUUGCUGCUGUCGAGCACGUCCCGGUCGAAGUGUCUCGUGCCAUCCACCAAGAGAUGCUAGAUGUCCGCAAGGAUGUCAUGAUCGAGCAAUCGAGUCAAGCCACUGCAAGCGACGCGGCGAUGCUUUCGAUGUCGAAGUCCCUCGCUGCCUUGUCGGAACAAGUCCAAUCGCUUACUCGCGAGAUUGAGACCUUGCGGAUGUCUUCGCAGGCGGCUGCUGCCAUUGGGCAAUAUCCUCGCGUUCCACCCGGUCCGCCUGAUUCUCUCGGUCCUUUCGGAGAAACUCCUCGCAUGAUGCCCCAACAAGCAAGUUAUAACGGUGUCCCUCCAAAUAUCAAUACUCCGACCGGCCUGCCCAUGCCUCCGCCUCAGCAGAACCAGAUCAUCAGCCCCCAGCCUGUACUUGCUCCGAACGCUGGAGCGCUUCAGCAGCUGAUUUCGGGGCCCGAGGACGCCGAGGAUGCAUUCCUCAAAGCGUUCUCGAGUUUGUCGGACGUUGAUCUGGUGCAAUUCGUCAUGAGCCGAAUGCCUAGGACCGCCGAAUAUUUGCCUGAUCCUCGGGAACGACCUUCGCCCUUGUCACAGGCCGUAUUGUUGACCAUGGUCCAUAGGCUCUCGAAAUGCCUGCAAAGGCAUUCGACCGAGAGUAGGGAGUACCAAGCGGUCAUGACGUGGAUCUACCGCGCAUCUCUCGUUAUCGAUCCUAGGGACGACACGAUCCAGAGCUACUUGCCUGCUGUCAAGAAGACGCUCGAGGACACGUUUACGGCUUCCAUGGACCACUUUACUCGAUCGAGGGACAACUCGCCGGCCAGUCGAAGCGCUGGUCAGAUGAUGCUCAAGAUCAUCAGCAACCUCAACCGACCUCAGGCUUGAGCGGCACGCACUUUGGCAUCUCGACGCAUAAAGUCAUGAAGAACGAAAAUAGGUCAAGUCAGGGAAGGGGAAAAAGAUCUCCUAAGCAUCCCUCUAAUUCGCAACCACUUGUACACGUAGAAGAAAGAACACAUGUAACCUCUCUAUGCAUACAUCUGAUGACCAGCCUUUACCGAACUGCAGCCAUCUCGUCGAGUCUGAUUCACCACGAACGAUACUCCCAGAUCAUUUGC